AUGUCGAAUCUCGACACAACAGUUUCCUUUAGGUGUCUCCGCUGCGGCGACGGGUACCACGGACAGAAGAAACCCGGGCUAUACGGGUACUACGAGAACACCUCACAUGGGCUGUGCCUGACGUGCAGAGAGUUCAAAGCUGGAGAAGAGGCGGCCAAGAACGAGGAACGACUUGCGGCAGACCAAGCUCGCGUCGCUGUGGCGAGCAGAGAGAUGGGUGCCGCUGACCUUGGGCUGAGAGCUUCAGGCAUGACCCCCGAGUCCUCGGGGAUUUCAGAGAAGGGACCGGCUAGAGCCUUGAUCAGCGAGGCCUCGAAGAAUACAGGUAAGAAGCCGCUCACCAACUUCUUGAUUCCCAAAUUCGACUUUGAGGAAGAAGAAGAUGGCGAGGAGGAGCCCCUGGCUCGUGGCUUCGGCUCGAGCUCGAGCUCGGGCUCGGGCUCGGGCUCGGGCUUCGUCUCGAGAUUGAGACGUAGCAAUACCUCUCACAUUGACUUCACGACUCACUUCAAGUGUCUCGACUGCGGCGAGGCCUAUCACAACGAGAAGCCUUCGGAGAACUACGGCGACCUUGGGCCCUCCAUCAGGAGGAAGUGGAGAGGAAGCGAGACGAAGAAGAACGUCGACACAACAACCCCUCAAGGCCUUGGUACGUGCGAGCGAUGCAGAGCCCUCCACGCCAAUCCAUCACGACGACCACCACCACUAGCAGACACGACGGCCCCCUCGACUUCCAGCCAAGGAGGAGAGCGGCUCAUCGCCUCGCAGGCACAAGCACAGGUCUUCCGGGAUGCCAGAAACACGAACUCGUCAAGACCCAUGGAGAUUGAAAUUCUGGCGGGGAGAUCAGUGACGAGGAAGCCCCUCGCGAGAAGCGCCUCCGAGGCCCUCCCAACGAACCGACACUGGAGUCCCGAGCCGGCCCUCAGAUUGGCGGCCAAUGACACCGAGCUUCGGCACCCGGCGCCAACAGUCCUCUUGCUGCCGAAGUUCAUGAAGGAGGAUGACGAGGACGAGGAUGACUGCGAGGCUCGAGGCUUCGGCCCGGACGACGACGACUCGGACGACGAUGCUGACAUCGUGGCCGCCAUGACCGCAGCCGAGAUCCGCGAGAUCGAAGAAGAGUUCCCGAUUGACGACGAGGAGGACGCUGGACUCGCAGAGAUUGACCAUCUCGACGCUGAACUCGCAGAGAUCGACCAUCUCGAGGCCGAGAUUGCCCGUCUCGAGAGCGAGGUUCCGAUCACCGAGGACGAGGCCCAGGCCCAGGCGGGGAUCCACCCGGCAGAGAACGACGACGGAGAGGAGGAUGUCUGCGCUGACGACGUCUGGCCGUUCCUGUGGGCGCGGCUCGACCGCCAACACCUCCUCCCGGCGCGGCCCACCCACCCUAGUCCGGAGUGGGUCGCUGCCAACGCCGCGAGUGUGAGACAGGUGCGCCGCUUCUACGCGAUCCCGGACUCGGUCCCGACGGCGCAGAUCCCCAGCUUCUUCCGCAACCACCCGGAGUUGGUGGCGAGCGUACAGUCGGAGGCCUUCAAGCUCAAGGACGGCGGAAUCAUUGCCCGGACUGCGACCAAGAAGAUGCGGCAGGCCGUCGACGCCAUGUGUCGACUCAUUGUCUGGGCGGAGGAGCCAGCAGCAGCCGCUGCCACCGAAAAGGACGAAGACGAUGAGGAUUGGUCAAGCGACAGCUCUUUCCAGGAGCUGGAUUCCAACAUGGCACCUGGUGGUCAGCAUGAGCAUGAGGAGGAGGAGGAUGAGGAUGCUGCUGAUGAUGGCUUCGUCCAUCUGAGCGCAGCAGCUGGUCACACCGUGCUCGUCACGGAGACUCAGCAGCCGCGUCUGCGGGAAGAGGCUGGCGGACGACACGAGGUCAGGAUCCCGAGUCCGUUGAGGAGAGAGACCUUCGCUUUCGAUAGGGACGGACGCAGCGCUGUGUAG